AUGAGGUGGCUUGUGCUGGCCGUGCUCUGCCUUGGGCUGGCGGACGGGCUGGUGAGGAUCCCCCUGCAGAAGCGCAGAUCCRUGCGGGAGCAGGGAGCGCUGGAGGGCUUCCUGAGGCACCCCAAGGGCGACCCGGGCAGGAAGUAUCAGCUCAAUGAUGCCRUGGCUUACGAACCCCUAACGAACUACCUGGAUACCUUCUACUUCGGGGAGAUCAGCAUCGGGACCCCCCCGCAGAGCUUCCGCGUGCUCUUCGACACCGGCUCCGCCAACCUCUGGGUACCGUCCACGUACUGCCAGACGCCGGCCUGCGCUGCUCACGCCAGGUUCAACCCCAGCCAGUCAUCCACCUUCUCCAACAUUGGCCCCACCUACACCCUGACCUACGGGUUUGGGGACCUGUCGGUGGUGUUGGGCUACGACACCGUGACAAUCCAGAACAUCGUUGUUACGAACCAGGAAUUUGRUCUGAGCCAGGAUGAGCCCAGCAGACCCUAUUACUACCUGGACUUUGAUGGGAUUUUGGGCAUGGCUUAGCCCGGUGUCGCCAUCAGCGGUUACAACACCCUGAUGCAGAACAUGCUGCAGCAGAACCAGCUUUCCGAACCCAUCUUCAGCUUCUAUUACUCCCGGAACCCGACCUACGACUACGGCGGGGAGGUCAUCCUCGGAGGCRUUGACACCCAGCUCUACUCAGGGGACAUUUUAUGGGCACCGGUGGUCCAGGAGGUUUACUGGAAGAUCAGUAUUGAGGAGUUCUCCAUCGGGCAGAGGGGGACRGGCUGGUGCAGCCAGGGCUGUCACGGCAUUGUAGACACAGGGACCUUCCAGCUCACUGUCCCUGCUCAGUACAUGUCAACGUUCCUGCAGGCUCUGGGCGCGGAGGAGAGCGACUAUGGGUUUGUCGUUGACUGUAACAGCAUCCAGAACAUGCCCACCCUCUACUUUGCCAUCAGUGGAGUCCAGCUGCCGCUUCCUCCGUCCGUCUAUGUGUUAAAUAACAACRGCGUCUGCACCGUUGGGGUCGAGAGCACUUAUGUGUCUUCUGACAGCGGCCAGCCCCUCUGGAUCCUCGGCAACAUCUUCCUCCGGCAGUAUUAUUCCAUCUUUGACAUGGCCAACAACAGAGUUGGCUUUGCCCUGUCUGCUUAG